AUUUGGGGCCUUUCUUCGAAGAGAACAUGGCCGACAUUUUGGUCUUGCUGUCAUGAAGAUUUUCUAGUGACAAAUUUUACCUUUGUAGUUCUUCAUGCACGGUUUUAAGUUCCAAAAACGUUUUAUUUUUAAUUGAAUAGACGGUGUUUAGUAUAAGAUAUUUUAUUUUUAUAAAACAUGGCAGCUGAUCGAGAGAUUGCUGCUGAAGACAGCAUAAGAGUGGUGUGCCGAUUUCGACCAUUGAAUGACUCCGAGGAAAAAGCUGGUUCCAAAUUUAUUGUGAAAUUCCCUUCGGGACCUGAUGACAAUUGCAUUUCCAUAGGGGGUAAAGUAUACUUGUUUGACAAAGUAUUUAAGCCAAAUGCGACUCAGGAGAAGGUCUACAAUGAAGCUGCUAAAAGUAUUGUCUCUGAUGUACUGGCUGGUUACAACGGCACUAUAUUUGCUUAUGGACAGACUAGUUCUGGAAAAACACAUACCAUGGAAGGUGUCAUAGGAGAUCCAGGGAAACAGGGUAUUAUUCCACGGAUAGUCAAUGACAUAUUCAACCACAUCUAUGCAAUGGAGGAAAACUUGGAAUUCCAUAUAAAAGUUUCAUAUUUUGAAAUUUAUAUGGACAAGAUUCGGGAUUUAUUAGAUGUAUCAAAGGUAAACCUCAGUGUUCAUGAAGACAAAAAUAGAGUUCCAUUUGUAAAAGGUGCUACGGAAAGGUUUGUGUCAAGCCCCGAAGAAGUGUUUGAAGUUAUAGAGGAAGGAAAGUCAAAUCGACACAUUGCUGUAACAAACAUGAAUGAACAUUCAUCUAGAUCUCAUUCUGUCUUCCUCAUUAAUGUAAAACAGGAAAACUUAGAAAAUCAGAAAAAACUUUCUGGGAAACUAUACCUUGUAGAUUUGGCUGGUUCUGAAAAGGUAUCUAAAACUGGUGCUGAAGGUACGGUACUUGAUGAAGCUAAGAACAUCAACAAAUCACUGUCUGCAUUGGGUAACGUCAUCUCAGCGCUCGCAGACGGAAACAAAUCCCACAUCCCAUACCGAGACUCUAAAUUGACGCGUAUCUUACAAGAGUCCCUCGGUGGUAACGCAAGGACAACCAUUGUCAUUUGCUGUUCACCAGCUUCCUUCAACGAGAGUGAAACCAAGAGUACACUUGAUUUCGGCAAAAGGGCCAAGACUGUGAAGAACGUGGUCUGUGUUAAUGAGGAGCUUACUGCCGAGGAAUGGAAAAGACGUUACGAGAGAGAGAAAGAGAAGGUGGCUAGGCUGAAGGGCAAGGUUGAAAAGUUAGAGGCAGAGCUGGCCCGCUGGCGCUCAGGCGAGACGGUGCGGCCCGAGGAACAGGUCAACCUGCAGGAACUAGAGGCCGUCACGCCCGUGACGUCAUUCAUCGAGGACAAACCUCCGGCGCCGCCGGUACCAGUAGCCGUUUCAAGUGCCGUGGAAGAUGCGGCCAUGCAGGGCAAGCUGGAGGCUCUGUACCAGCAGCUGGACGACAAGGACGAGGAGAUCAACCAGCAGUCGCAGCUGGUCGAGAAACUCAAGGACCAGAUGAUGGAGCAGGAGGAGCUCAUUGCUUGCACAAGGCGCGACUACGAAGCCCUGCAGGGUGACAUGAACCGCAUCCAGCAAGAGAACGAGGCCGCCAAGGAGGAGGUGAAGGAGGUGCUGCAGGCGCUCGAGGAGCUGGCCGUCAACUACGACCAGAAGUCGCAGGAGGUGGACAGCAAGAGCCGCGAGUGCGACCAGAUGUCCGAGGAGCUGCAGGCCAAGCAGACGGCGUUAGCCUCAGCGACGGCCGAGCUGCAGCAGCUGCGCGACAUGUCCGCGCACCAGCGCAAACGCAUCGCCGAACUGCUGUCCAACCUGCUGCGCGACCUCGCCGAGAUCGGCGCGGCCGUCGGCGGUUCCGAGCUCGACUUCAAGCUGAACGUGGACACUGUGGGCAAGCUCGAGGAGGAGUUCACCGUGGCCAGGCUGCAUAUCAGCAAGAUGAAGAGCGAGGUCAAGAACAUUGUGCAGCGGUGCCACUCGCUGGAGACGGCCAAUAUUGACGCUAACCAGAAGAUCGAAGAGUACGAGCGUUCGCUGGGAGAAUGCAGACUGCUCAUCUCGCAGCACGAGGCGCGCUGCGCGUCGCUCGCCGAGUCCAUGCGCGAGGCCGAGAACAAGAAGCGGCAGCUGGAGGAGGCCGCGGACGCGCUGCGCGAGGAGUGUGCUCGCCUGCAGGCGGCUGAGCGCGUGUCGGCGGCGGCGGCGGAGCAGCGCGCGGACACGCAGGUGCGCGGCGCGCUGGAGGCGCAGCUCGAGCAGCUGCGCGCCGCGCACGCCACGCAGCUCUCCUGUCUGCGCGACGAACUCGCCACCGUGCAGCGCAACCAUCAGGACCUCAAGGACACGUACCAGGAGCUGACGCUGGCGCGCCAGCAGCUCCAGGACGACUAUGACAAACUGAAGCGCGAGGAGGCGGACAAGUCGGCCAAACUCAAAGAGCUCAUUCAAAGCGUGGAGAGGCGUGAGCAGGCGCGGGCCGAUCUCAAGGGGCUGGAGGACACGGUCGCCAAGGAGCUGCAGACCCUGCACAACCUGCGCAAACUGUUCGUACAGGACUUGCAGGCAAGGAUAAAGAAAUCGAUCAACUCUGAGGAAGGCGCGGAGGAGGAGGGCGGCUCCCUGGCGCAGAAGCAGAAGAUCUCGUUCCUGGAGAACAACCUGGAGCAGCUGACGAAGGUGCACAAGCAGCUGGUGCGCGACAACGCCGACCUGCGCUGCGAGCUGCCCAAGCUCGAGAAGCGGCUGCGCGCCACCAUGGAGCGCGUCAAGGCGCUAGAGACCGCACUCAAGGAAGCAAAGGAGGGCGCUAUGCGAGACCGCAAGAGGUACCAAUUCGAAGUGGACAGGAUCAAAGAGGCCGUUCGUGCCAAGAAUCUCGCCCGAAGGGGCCCACAGGCGCAAAUCGCGAAACCGAUCCGCGCCGGCGGCGGGCACCUGGUGGGCGGCGCGCCCGGCGUGGUGCGGCCCGCGCCCGCGCAGGACAUCAAGCGCAAGUCCAUCGUCGUGGGCGGCCGCGAUGAAAGUUGAAGAGCUAACCGCAUCAGGUCUUAGAGAAUUUAAAUGGAACUUCAUAGGUGUACCUAACUUACGGCGAAAAUCAUUCUCGAGCAUUAUAUCCAUUACAAUAAAAAUACGUGUUUAAUAAAAGCCUAAUUUAAGCUGCAACAAAAAAAAA